GUGGAACACGAUGUCAGUUAUAAACAGGUGUCUGCUGCUGCUGCUGCUCGCCAGUGUUCUCUGUGGCACAGAGAAUGGCGCCAACGCUUCAUAUGCACCUGGCACCGUGCUGGACAUUCAGCUGGGCGAUGUGAUUAUCGAGCAGUUCAGCUAUAUACCCACGCGUCAGGGCUACGAGUUCGGUUAUACGCUGCCCAAUGGCACACAUCGCGAUGAAGUGGGCGAGCUGAUCAACGAUCGCUCCACGCCCGAGGAUAUACAGAAUGCCAACAAUUUUCAGAGGAACGCUCGACCCUCGCGUCGUCCGGGUCUCAAGAAUCGCAAAUUGUCACCGAAAUCUCUCUCAUCGUUGGCUGGCUGAGCUUCUCACUUAUUGUUUUAGACUUAGCUCAAGGCUAGACUUUGAGGUUUUCCCAGUUUUAGGCAAGUUUGUGUUAAUGUUUGUUCUACGUAUUAGUUAAGGUGCUUUUUCUAUGGUUUCCGAUUAGAGUUAAA